GGAGGGAAAGAGACGCACCAGAAGACGCACGAAGGUCAGCGGCUUUUUUACUCACAUUCUGCUGCGUUUUUUUUCUCUUCUCUGUGAGCGGCAGGCGAAAGAAAAAGUUUCCAGAAAAGAGAAGGAGAGGAGUGUCGCUCGGUUCGAGCAAGCAGAGACAAGCAAGACGCUCUCUGGCCGCUUCUUUUUGUGUGUGCGCGUCCUGGAAAUUAUCUCCAAAUUGAAUUCUGUUUUUUACAUUUUUUUACGCACGCCGCUCUUCUUGUGGGAUCUCGUCUUUGCGGGCUUUCUUUGUGCGCUAAUUGACACCCGGGGUUUGUGUUGACAAACAGCAAAGAAGAGCACGAAGAAGAAGGAGGCAGCGGAGAAGAGGAACCGGACCAGGGCGGACCAACGGGGGCCAACAACUCACCAGGUAUGGCGGCGGUGUUGCCGAGGACCCUGGGUGAGCUGCAGCUCUACAGGAUCCUGCAGCGGGCGAACCUGCUCUACUACUACGAGGCCUUCAUCCAGCAGGGCGGCGACGACGUGCAGCAGCUGUGCGAGGCCGGCGAGGAGGAGUUCCUGGAGAUCAUGGCCCUCGUCGGCAUGGCCAGCAAGCCGCUGCACGUCCGCCGCCUGCAGAAGGCGCUGCGCGACUGGGUCACCAACCCGGCCAUCUUCAACCAGCCGCUCACCUCGCUGCCCGUCUGCAGCAUCCCCGUCUACAAGCUGCCCGAGGGCUCGCCCACGCUGCUCAGCGCUCAGGACCGGGCCAACACCGCCAGCGUCAAGAUGCCCAAAGCCAUCGCCGCCGCCUGCUCCGACCCCGGCAAGCUGGACGUGGCGAGGGACAAAGUGUCGGCCGGCUCGCCCCUGCAGGGCAGCAGCGAGGCCCGGUUCUGGUCGGGCCACAGCAACGACAGCGAGCACAGCCUGUCGCCGUCGGACCUCGGCUCGCCGUCCUCGCCCAGAGACGCCCUGGAGGCCCUGGACGCCCCCGCCGUGCAGUCGGUGCUGGAGUGCGUGGACCGGAUGGCGCCGGGGCUCUCGAAGACGGACCCGGCCGAGGUCAAGGAGCAGCUGAAGAACAACAAGAAGCUGGCCAAGAUGAUCGGACACAUCUUCGAGAUGAGCGACGACGACCCGCGGCGGGAGGAGGAGAUCCGGAAGUACAGCGCCAUCUACGGGCGCUUCGACUCCAAGAGGCGGGACGGCAAACACCUGACGCUGCACGAGCUGACGGUGAACGAGGCGGCGGCUCAGCUCUGCAUGAGGGACAUGGCGCUGCUGACUCGCCGGGACGAGCUGUUCGGACUCGCCCGGCAGAUUUCCAGAGAGGUGACCUACAAGUACACCUACCGCACCAGCAAAUCUCGCUGUGGAGACAGAGACGAACCGUCCCCCAAAAGAAUUAAAACGGAGGAGAACUUCUUCGACAUCCAGGAGGCGCUGCAGGCGAUCCACAUGAGGCAGGAGAUGCUGAGGGAGCAGCUCGCCUGCGCCAAGUCGAAAGGAGAAGAAACCGUUGGACGGAACCUGCAGAUGCAGCUGGAGCGUCUGCUGGCGAGGCAGAUGGAGAUCCUGCAGGACGCCGCCGUCCAGGAGCGACUCCAGGCCCUGGACUGGAGGAUCCCCCCCGCCGCCUUAAAGUACCUCAACGACGCCCAGAACACCAACGGAGCCGCCGCCGACGCCACGAGAGACAACCAAGACGAGCGGCCAAUCAACUUGCGGGUGGUCAGCCAGAGCAUGCAAGAAGGAGAGCUCCCAUUGGGCAAGCAGCUAGCCAAUGAGCUGAAGCGCCAUCACAACCACAACAACAACAACAACAACAACAACAACAACAACACAGAGGAGACCAAAACACCAGCAACAGAAAACGGGACGUCGCAGCGAGCGUCCAGCAACGCCGAGAAGAAGACCAUCAAGUCAGAGCCAGAAGACUCCACAUAGUGCCUCCCGACUCGCCCACGUCAUCCUACUCACACCUGACAGUAUGCAGUUAUCACCCGUCAACAGAUACUAAGCAAGCACAGCCACAGUAGAGCCUUAACAACCAACGUUGCCUCAUGAAUAGCAUUUAUUUUUCUUUCUUUUUUUUUCCUUUGUUUUUAAAGGUAUUCGCCAAAGCACCUCGCGAGCACGUCGGGAAGCCCCUCGCUGCUCUGGCGGGUCUUUGUCUGUUGAUUAACUGUAAUUUAAAGUGUCGGACUCGUGUGUGUGUGCUCGUUACCUCCGCCCGACCCGGCCGCCGUUUGUUCGUGCCGCUUCGUUCGGACGGCCGGGCGGCGGGCCGCGGCGUCGGGGCUGGGUCUUAACUCGGGCGCGGAUUCAGAAACGUAAAAGCAGAACGCUGAGGGACGCUUCACGUACGUCAAGGCCUCCUCAAGCUGCUGUCUGGAAAACACAGUCGGAUAUCUGGUGUUUGCAUAGUUGUAUUUAUUUUGUCCGUAGGGGUGAUGAUGUUGAUCGGUGGCUUCCAUGUUCGACUCGUUUGUAAUUCACCACUCAGCUGUAGAUUGACGCAAGAUUUUUUAAAGGCAGUAGCCGCGUUUCUAAAGUCCUAAACUUUCCCCAGAAAAAAAGCAGAAAACGUGAGGAAUAAACGAGGCCGCCUGAAGGUGGCGGCGUGGGCUACGUAGGCUUCAAUAACCAGAGAAGAAGAACAAGAAGAGGUCGCGACCAGGACAUAGACUGUAUAAAAGAUGGACGUAGCAACCGGACCU